GGAAGUAGGCGGUUGUUAACGUUACAUACAAUACGCAUAGAACAUAAUCGCCGUGCAACAAAGUCACAAUACAUUAAAGUACGAAUUUAUGUCUUAUUUUAACAGCGCUUGUUUUGAAAUUGGAGAGUUUAGACCCUCAUUGCUUUCCGUACAGCUGCACAAUGUCACAUGAUCAGACAGGUUCGCUACCGCGGAUGUUGGUGAGCUGUCAAACUGACUCCAAACAGUGACCAAAGCGGUUAUUGUAAUGUUAAACUUGUGAUGGAGCUAUCAUGGCAUGGUUGGCACUCCCUGUGACACAAGGAGUGGAGAAGGACUGCCUCGUCGCCCUCCUCCUCGCACAACACAGGCCGCCGCCACCAUGGCUUCGAGCUACCCAACCCCUUUUGAGGCCACAGGUGAGGUGAAGGAAGGCUUCCUUUGUCCACUGUGUCUGAAGGACCUGCAGUCGUUCUACCAACUUCAAGGCCAUUAUGAAGAGGAGCAUUCUGGGGAUGACCGCCACGUCCGAGGGCAACUGAAAAGUUUGGUCCAGAAGGCUAUUAAAGCCAAAGACAAGCUACUGAAGAGGGAUGGAGAUGACAGACCAGAUGCUGGCAGUUAUGAAUCUUUCUAUUAUGGUGGAGUGGACCCAUACAUGUGGGAGCCUCAGGAGCUUGGAGCGACAAAAAGUCACUUGGAAUUUUUUAAGAAACACCGUGCUGCCAGGAUUGAUCAUUAUGUCAUCGAGGUCAACAAGCUCAUCAUCAGACUGGAAAAGCUAACGUCCUUUGACAGGACCAACUCAGACACAGCCAAAAUCAGAGCCAUUGAGAAGUCAGUCGUGUCUUGGGUGAAUGACUCCGAUGUCCCUUUCUGUCCGGACUGUGGAAACAAGUUCAACAUUCGGAACAGAAAACACCACUGUCGUCUCUGUGGCUCCAUCAUGUGCAAGAAGUGCAUGGAGUUUGUGCCCUUACCUCUUGCACAAAAGCUGAUUAAUGGGACACGAGAGGCUCUAAGCGUCCCCGGGAGACACAGUCAGUCUCAAUCGCCCCCUAUAGGCGGUGGCAGCAGCAUGGGCUCCAGGAGAGGUAGCAUAAGCAGCCUGAGCAGCGUUAGCUCCAUACUGGAAGAGAAGGAUGACGAUAAGAUCCGCUGCUGCCACCACUGUAUGGACAAACUGUUGAAGAGGCAGGAGAAAUUGGAAGAGAAAGACUUUGUGCCUGACAUAGUCAAACUUUAUGAGAGGCUGAGGAUGUGCAUGGAGAAGGUGGAUGAAAAGGCUCCAGAAUAUAUCAGAAUGGCUGAAUCGCUCAGCGCUGGAGAGACCACAUACAAUCUCGACACAGCAAGUGGACUUAGACUGGAAGUACAGAAAUACUACGAACUGAUUGAUGCGCUGAGUAAAAAGAUUUUAACUCUGGGAAUAAAAGACGAGCCACAGCCGCAUCCAAAGGUCCUGCAGCUGCAGAAGAUGGUGCGCUACACAGCCACGCUGUUUGUCCAGGAGAAGCUGUUGGGGCUCAUGUCCUUGCCAACUAAGGAGAAAUAUGAAGAGUUGAAAGAAAAGAGAAAACAGGAGCAUGAGAAAAUACUCCAACAAGAGAGACUGACAGUUCAGGAGGCCUCAAACAGGAGGCAGGAGUCUGAGAAGAACCGUGUGCCUGCCAGCACCAACGGAGAGCUGCUUCAAGGCCCCAGAGUGCCUCGCAUGACUAAAGCUGGAGGCUGGUUGCCCUCUUCGGACUCAGGCCAUGCACGCAGUGAGCUGGACGACCCCCUCCUGCAGCAGAUUGACAACAUUCAGUCCUUUCUUAGGCAGGCCCGUGAAGCCCAGAAAGCAGAUGAGGUGGCGAUGCUGGAGGAGAACUUGCGUCAGCUGCAGGAUGAAUAUGACCAGCAGCAGACCAGCCUGGCCAUCGCGCUCUCUCAGCAGCUGGCUGAAGAUGAGAACCUGCAGCAGGGUGAGCUGCACCGUCUGGAGGCUUGGGAGCGAGAGGAGAGGGAGCAGAGAGGCCCCACUGUGGCCUCCAUUGCACCUGACAUCACAUGGGAGAGAACUUUGGAUAUCAGUCUUCAAGGUAGUUUUCUGGAAGCGGGCAGCAGAGAAGAUAUUACCCUAGAAGAUGAGAGCUCCAUUACUGCUUUACCUGUAAACCAGGAAGAAUCUCCUCCUCGGCUGAGAAGCUUAAAUGAAAAGCAAGAAUAUGACCCUUUUGACGAAGCGGAGACAGAGGAGAAUGCACAGGCCGACCAUGUUCCCAUCAACCCUUUUGAGGUAGCAGAGGAAGAUGCACGGGCUGACCAGGGUACCAUCAACCCUUUUGAGGUGGCAGAGGACAAUGCACAGGCUGACCAGGGUCCCGGCAACCCUUUUGAGGUAGCGGAAAAGGACGCACAGAGUGACCAUGUUCCCGGCAACCCUUUUGAGGUAGCGGAGGAAGAGGCACAGGGUGACCAUGUUCCCGGCAACCCUUUUGAGGACGACGAAGAUACAGACAACAGCAACCCCUUCAUGGAGGCCUCGGACCAUUCUAAGCCUGCCUCAACCAACCCUUUUGACUAUGAUGAUGAGGCUCCACCCGAUGUGGACAUGAUAGAGGAAGAGCUGCUGCUGCAGCAGAUUGACAACAUCAGGGCCUACAUUUUCGAUGCCAAGCUCAGCGGUCGGCUUGAUGAAGUGCAGCUGUUGGCGGAGAACCUAAGAGAGCUACAGCGCACUCUGCAGGAACAGAAGAGAAACAAGCAGUAAUGCUGCUCCAUUCAAAAGGUCCUCUGGAUGACGUUGACAUGACUGCACAGGUAAACCACUCCACUGUCCCAUCUUCUGUGGAUCUCCCUUCAUUUCCUCCAUCGUAUUCAAACCACUCUUAAUGACGCAAUAUUGCACAAUUGUGAACAUAUUCCAACACUAUAAAGGAAGGGGAUCCUGUAUUUCCUUCUGAAUAAUGAGCAGCCGUUAAUGGGUGUUGUCUGCCUCGGCUGGGACACUGGACAGGACAAGCAGUCGAAAAAAGAUGAAUAGAAUGUGGGGGAAUUCAAGACACGUUAUGCAAAAUGAUAAUUCAUCUUACUACUGUCCUGUACCUUGAUAGUAGGCUUUAAACAUGCAUUUAACGUUGUCUGUUUUAAUGAUCAAUUUUGACACAUUUUAAACAUUUACCAUGCGAUUAUCACUAUAUUUUGGCUGUUUUGUCACUUUUGUGUAUCUGUCUGCAAGCAAACAUUUGGAGUGCAGAAUUGAGGACAAUUGGAAAACUACAAGGUCUGUCAGCCUGUGAGGAAGCAUCCACCAGCAUGUAACAGCAGUGUAAUAUGCAUCGAACAAAAAUGUAAAUGUAAAAACAUUGUGGAGGUUUAUCAGGCGAAUGAGAAAACGCUCUAUGCUAAUAUUUGUAUUGUUUCAAACACCACUAUUGCUUUUUUUACAUUAAUCCUGAAGAUGUUAGAUGAGCAGUAUGCAACAUUCAGUGUUCUUGUUCUGUGCUUUUUCAAGAGACCUGUGUGUCAAGCAUCUGUCCAGUGGUUACUUCCCUCCAGCUCACCGUGGCUGCACAUUGCACAUGCUUGCUGCUUCUCCAAUGCAUGAACAGUGAAUGAAUGCCAGCCAGUAUUAUCACUAAACGUUUUAUAUCUGUCAAUAACUUGCAGAGAACUUCUUCUUGGGCUGUCAGUCACUAGAAGCGCUGAACAUUUUCGAGAAAUUAACAUCUAAGCACAAAUAAACAAGUAAAAUUGUUUUUCCUUUUUUUUUUUUUUACAUGUAAAAUUAAUUUACUGUGAAUUCUAUUUCAAAUUAAAAAUGUUUUUCCACAGGUACACAGUAUAUUUUAAUGAUGCAUACUUUGCUGUAUGAAAGCAAGAUUUGUCAGGUGUUUACAUGUUGGAUUCUUUAUCACCAACAAACUCCAAAGUGUGAUUUCAAUUGUCAAAUCCUCUAAUUGGAGGAUCCUAUUAUAAAAGGGCCAGUCUCUUAAUGACAAUUCUUUUCUUCUCAGCUCUCCUGUUCCGCUUUCAUCUGGGCACGAUACUUGCCCGUCAUCUCUUUAGGCAGCGGCGUGGUGCCAGGACAGGGCACUUGGCCCGCCACCUCACAGAUACACUCUCUCAGACAGUACU